GCUCCAGGUGAGCCUCACGUGGGGGCUGCUCCGGGAAACUCUUCCCGAGCGGGCCCGGGCCCGGGCGAUGGCGUCGCCAGCGCGGGCGCCGCGCGCUGAGCUGGGCGACGCCGCGGGCGACGCCGAGGCGGGCGCGGAGGCUGGCGCGCCGUCGGCGCAGGCGGCCGCGGCCCCAGCGGCGGCAGCCGGCGCCGGCGCCGGCGCUGGCGUGGAGGUCGCCGGCUUCGAGGGCUCGCCGCUGGAGGCGAUCGCCGACGGGGCCGUGGCGCAGCCGCCGCUGCUCGCCUUCGGCGCCUGGGUGCAGUGGCGCGCCGGCCCAGGUCGCCGGCUUCGCACUGCGCCCGCGAUCGCGGCCAGCGAGAGCGCGCUGUGGCGGAGCACCAUGGAGGCGCUGCACGGCCACGACUGGCAGGCGCGGCUGCGCCAGCAGGGCCCCGCCGCGGCGCGCAGCCCCGCGACGCCAGCGGCGGCGCAGCCGCCGGCGGCCGACGACGUCCUGCGGCUGCUGGACUCGCCGGCGCGGGCGUCCGACGCGGGCUCCGACGCCACUGGAGCCCUGUCGGACGGCAGCUGGGGGCCGCUCACGGACGACGAGGUCCUGGAGCGGCUGCUCAAGGACGUGGAGCCGCACGAGUCGAUGCGCGACUUCGAGCGGCGCCUGCUGCGCGCGCGGGCCGUGCUGACGCUGCGGCGGCAGGCGGUGCCGGAGGGCGCGGUCGAGUUCGGCAUGAGGAAGGCCCGCUUCCUGGUGGAGGCGCGGGCCCACAGCGAAGGCGUGGCGGCCGCGCUGGAGGCGAAGCUGCACGCCGUCCUGGACGUCGAGACGGACGACGCCGACGAGGACGUGCGGGCGCUGAUGGACCUCCUCGCGGUGGCGCGCGGCGGCGGCAGCGCUCGCGACGCCGUGGCCGGCGGGGCGCCGGCGCGGCCCCCGCAGGACCGAGCCCCGCCCGCCGGGCCCACCGGCGUCGGCGCGGCUCCCGCGGGGCCACCCGCCUUCCCCGCCUUCGGCGAGGACCUGCCGCCGGGGCUUCCCCCGCGGGGCGGGCCGAGCGAGGCGGGCCAGGCGGAGCCCAGCCUGGCGGCAGCGCUGCAGGGGCUCGCGGGGGCGCUCGGCCGGCGGGCCGACAAGAAGUCGUCCACGAUCCAGGUGAAGCCGCACUACAGUCUGCCGACCCUCGGCGACGGCGACUUCGACGUGGACUCGUUCGUGGAGGAGUUCGAGGAGAUGGUCGGCCUGGCGAACGACGGUUCGGGCAUGUCGGCGACGGAGAUGGUGCGUGUGCUGGGGACCUGCCUGAAAGGCUCGCGUCAGCGGGCGUACAAGGUCGAGCUGAAGCAGGCUCGCCGGUCAGGCAGGCUGGCGGCGGAUCCCGACGAGGUGUACCAGAGCCUCAAGGAGCGGCUGAUGGAGUUCAAGGAGGGCCUGCUGGAGAAGCAGCAGCGGCUCAACGCUGAGUGGAGGACGCUCUCCCGAGGCAAGAUGAGCGCGCUGGAGUUUCAGGCGACGUUCGAGAACAUCGUGGCGGAGAUGGAGCUGGCUGGGAUGGGCAAGUCCGAUCGCGACUUGCUGCUCGGCUACUUGGCGCUCAUCCCUCCCGCGCACCGGGCAGAGGUGCUCAAGGAUCGCCGAGUGUAUCAGCGCUCUGGCGCCCAGCCCGAGGUCCGCGGCGUCGAGACCUGGAGGGAGGCCCAUCGCGUGCUGCUGAAGCUGGAGGAGGCCGAGAGCUCGGCCAAGGCGCUCGUCGCGGCGGUGGGCUCGGACUUCGCGCCCAGCCCGGGCGGCGGCGGUGGCCGGCGUCGGCGCGGCGGCGGUGGCGGCGAUCAGGAGCCGCCCGAGGUCGGCGCUGUUGGCGGCUCCGGCGGCGCCGGCGCUGAGGGAGCUGUGAAGGUCUGCUUCCAGAUGAGGGACAGCGGCACGUGUGCGCGUGGUGACGCCUGCAGGUUCUCGCACGACCGGGCUGCCAUCGCCGAGUCGCGGAGGACCAAGAAGGACGCGACCGGGCCGAAGGGCAAGGGCGCGGACGGCAAGAAGGGCAAGGGCUCGGACGACGGCGGCAAGGGCGGCCUCAAGUCGCAGCUCUGCCUGCAGUUCCUCCGGGGUGCGUGCAGCAAGAGCGAGAAGGACUGCAAGUUCAGCCACUCGGGUAAGGCAGCUCAGAAGGUCAUUGCAGCGGUCUAUGCUGGCGCGGCCGCAGCUAAGGUGCAAGCUGCGGCGGGGGGCAAGCUCGAGUGGGUGCGACCUUGUGGCGGAGUCUUCGGCCCGAGCUACGACCUCCCGCAGGUGAGCGUCGUCAGGGGCUCGCCUUCGCCCGAAGGAGCUCUGAAGGACCUGGGCCAGAUCCCCGCCAGCGCCUGGACGCAGGUGCAGGAGCCCGACGACGGGUACCACUACUUGUGCCACACGCACGUCUACGGCCUCAGCAUCAGGACGCUCCUUGAUGGCGGGGCUGUGUUCUCCCUGACGUGGGAGGCGACGAUCGUCAGCAUCAUCAACAGCGCGAUCGCGGAGGGCAAGUCUCCUGAGGACCCCGACUGGCCGAUCGCGGGCCUGAUGCACUGGGGCCGGGACUCGAAGGCCUCGUCGGUGGCGGACAAGGGCGACCUGAAGAUUCGUGGCAUGGUGGACCUGCGCCUGGCCUUCGAGGGGCUGGAUGGCACGCGAGUGGUGCGUGUGUUUCGCCUUCGGCUUCUGCGCGGGGGUUGGGACAGGCCGUUUCUUAUCAUUCUUGGGGCCCCAGCGCUCGAUGCACCCCCUCUGGGGAUCGGGCACCGGCCUACGCUACAGGGCCACUACCUACCGGGGCUGGGCAUCACGGUCAAGCGUGCGGAGGCCGACGCGGUGCAAGCGAAGCUGUUGACCAUCUCGGCGGUGUUCUCAGAGUGCGAUGCCGAUAGGCGUCGAGGUGAGGAUCGUCGGGCUGCCAGUGCUGUAGGAUCCCUGGUGUGGUCCGGCGCGGCCUGCCCGAGCUACCCCAUCUGCAUGGUCGGCGGCCAGUGCCCCGCGGAGUUCGGCGGCGGCGACGCAGGCGUGAUCGUGCUCGACGACUCGGAGUCCGCCGUCCCCAUCUACCUGAGCGGCGAGGAGGGCGUGCGGCUGGAGCUCGGCGACUGCGCUCUGGUGCCAGCUCGCGCUAGCGGCCUCGCAGCGGGUGUCGUCGGCGACGUGGUGGCGAAUGGCGCGGCGGCCGUCUGGGCCGCCCCCGGCCCUUGGCUCGGCCGGGAGCAGCUCCUCCUGGUCGGCAACUGGGACCAGCCCGGCGUCAGCAUCGAGGUCGGCGACAUCGUGGGCGCCGUGAUUCAGACCGACGGCGAGCCGGCCGGCGACGACCCGUCAGUGGCGCACGUGUGGCAGGAUUGGGACGAGCUUCGGGACAUCGUUGAGCUGGAGGUGCCGACGGACGAGUACUACGCCGAGCGUCUGGUCUACUGGCAGCGGAAGUACCCGAAGGCGGCCACCACCCUCCUCGAGCAUCUUUUGGCGGUCGAGGGCCUGCUGGACGUGUGCAUCGCGGCCGGGUGCUCCAUGGGUGCCGAGAAGUCCCUCGACAGGCUGGCUCAGCCCUCCAUCGAGGCGCUCGGCGAGAUCGUGGGCCGCGAGGGCAGCGAGGCGUGCGAGCGGCAUCUGGAGCUCAUCAAGAACUGGUCGGUGCUCGAGGACGUGGCGGCGCUGCGGAGGUUCCUUGGCACGUUCAACUGGAUCCGCGGCCACUUCCCCAAGGAGGUGCAGAAGCCGCUGGGGAUCCUCACGCAGCAGCUCAAGAAGGACGCCGAGUGGCCGAUGACCUCCGAGAAGGUUGCGGCCCAGCGCGCCAUCCAGCAGCUCGCGUGCGAGGCCAUCCGCCUCGCGGUGAUCGACAUGGUCGGGGCGAUCUCGAAGGACCGCCCGCUCGAGCAGGUCGCGGAUUUUUGCCCCUACGGUUGGGGUGGCAGCGUGUAUCAGCUGGCCGCCGACCGCCGCACGCUCAACGUGCUGGCGAUGUACGGCGGCUGCCUCAGCUUGGCGCAGAGCAACUGGCACCCCCGCCGGGGUGAGCUGUAUGCGCAGCGCGAGACCAGGCGGGAGGCACGUAAGGAUUUCGGUCGGCUGCCCGCUCUGUGCUGGACGGACCACGCGGCAGCGGUGAAGGACGCUACGGGUGAGGCCCACGGCAAGUUCCUGCGCGAGCAGGCUCACUCCCUGGCGAACAUCACAAUCGAGGACAUCAUCGGUGAUGACUACCGUCCAGGGGAGGGGGUCCCGUGGGGCCUGGAUGAGACUCCCGACGCGGCCGCCUUGCAGCUGGUGGCCGUGGCCGGGGCGGAGCGCGAGAAGGGCGACUCCAUCGCGCUGUACCUGCCGGACUACGGAUGCGAGAGGCGGCGGAGCGCAGAGCAGGCGCGGGCAGCUCGACAGCUGCAGCUGGCGGCGCCAGGCCUGCGGCUGCGCAUGAUCCCGCACGACCCUCCGCUGGCAGACGGUGCCGGCGGCCUGUACUACAUCGCGCCUCCUCGCUUCCCAGGUGAUGCGAGUGGUAAGGCGCGGAAGCAGCUUCGCAAUGACGUGCUGACCGCAGUGGCCGCCGUCUUGCGAGAGUGUGCCGCGCGGUGGCCCAAGGUCGUGAUCGGGACGGGCCACGGCGGGCUGGUGGCGGCUGCAGCGGCCCACCCCAGAGUGGUGGAGGCCGCUCUCGCGCUGCGGUACGCGAGAGAGGCGGAGGGCAUGCAGGUCGCGGAGGCGUGGGUGAACGUCAGGGCGUUCGUGGCGAUCGGGCCGCGCGCCCACAGCCCGAGCAGGAUCGGCUUUGUGCGAGAGGCGUUUCCGGAGUUCGGAGCGGCUGCCCACGGCGACGAGCGCCCGGCCCCCCUCUAUUUGGUGGAGGGCGCCGGGGCGCACCGCCGUUUCGGGCAGGACCUCGGCGAGGCGCUGGGCGUGAAGGUGUCGGCCACGCUGGGCGAGGUCCUCAUGCAGGAGGUGGUCUCUGCCCCCCCGCGGAUGCUGGAAUUCAGCGGCGGGCGCUGCGCGUGCGGGCGGAGUUCGCUGGUGCUGGCGCGGUGCGGCCAGUGCAUUAGGGCCGACCGCGAGCUCGAGGAGGAGGCGCGGCUGGCUGAGGCGCCGGAGGAGGCGUUCGGGGAGCCCGACGCGGUCGACGUGGCGGCCUCGGCGGCGCGCAUGCGCGCGGUCCGCCCGCAGCCGGCAGUCGCCGUCGGGCCUGGCCCCUGCAUCGCCGUGUCGGCGGAGCUCGUGCGGGACCUCCUGGAGUUUGGCGGCGGCCGAGCGGAUUUCACGUGCAACUGCAUCCGGGUCCGCCGAGCGCCGGCCGCGGGCGUCGUGGCCUUGGAGGCCGCGCGGGUUUUUUCCUAUCGGCUGUCGUGCUUUGUCGUGCCGCAGGGGCCCGAGCCGGGCGUGGAGGUGGCGCUGGCGCAGCCGUGCGUGGAGUUCGGGCUGGAGCUCGUCACGGAGAUCGACGUGGAGCUGCUGCAGGCGGGCUUGCCGAAGGGCGCCGAGCUGGUCCAGCUCUUCGCCUGCGCCUGGCUGCUGUGGGAGGGCGGUGCGCGCCUCCCCGCGCUGGGCGCUACUCACGUGCAUCGGCACUGCAGGGGGUCGGCCAUCAGCAACGGUGCGAUCGUCAAGGUGUCCUCCUACUCCUCCGCCUACUCCGAGGUCUUCGCGGGAGCCCUGGGGCUAUCGUGGUACCGGGCCCUCCGCGAUCGCUUCGGCGGGCGGGCAGCAGGAGCCUUCGUCGAGUUCGCGGACUCCGACUUCGCGCGCGGCGAGCGGGAGGCCUUCGAGGUGCCGGACGUCCUCGGGGCGAUCACCGGCAUGCGGGCACCGACGUCUGAGCAGGUAUGCUCCGUCGGGCGCGUGGCGUGUGCUCCGGAGCGCGGCACUGCAGCCUUCGACGCGGAGGUGGCGGACGGGCGCAAGCUGGAGGACGCCGACAUCGCCAUCAGGGAGGAGUACGCCGCGAAGGUGCGGGGCUGUGAGCCUGAGGCGGGGAGCGAGCCGUUCGAGCUGUCCAAGUCGCUCCGUGCCCACAUCAUCGGGGACCAGUGGAAGGACGAGGAGCUCGGGGCCAUCUGCAUGCAGCUCCGCGCCGAGUCUGGCGCCGGCGACACCCCCGAGGCGCAGCGUCUCGGGGAGGACUUCGCGCUCGAGCAGUUCGUGACGGUGGGCCCAGGGGAGCAGCGCUGGCUGCUAGUUCUCCCUGCAUCUGGCGGUCCGGGCUCGGGUAUAUCGUGGGGGCGCUUCAUCUUCCUCCACGUUCACGCUGGUCCGUCGGGGGGCCACAAGACGGUGGUCGCCACUCGUGAGUGCGCCCGGCGGCUGGUGGUUUGGCCGGGGCUCGCGGCGGACAUCGAGAAGUGGUGUGCUAGCUGCUGGGCCUGCCUCCGAUUCAGGAAGCAGACUACGAAGGUGCAGGCCAGCUUCAUCGUGGCACGGCACCGGCUUCCCUUCCAUCAUGUGGUCAUCGACGUGGAGGGCCGCAUCACUCCCCCCGACGUCGACGGGUACGCGUACGUGCUGACCUACAUCUGCGUGACGACGGGGGCUCCCCUGCUCGAGCCGCUCAAGCACCUGCAGCACUCCGAGGUCCGGCGCGCCUUCUUUCGAUGCGCGACUCGGGCCAAGACCUGGCCGAUGCUGGUGAGCUCGGAUCGGGGCAAGGAGUUCUGCAACGCUCUCAUGGAAGAGCUCUGGGCGCUCCUCAACUUCGCGGGCCGCUUCGGCACGUCGUGGAGGCCCUGUGAGCAGGCGGACGCGGAGCGGUCCCACAUCGAGUGUGCGAGGGAGAUCGGCAUUUUCCUGCACGACGUUUUUAAGUGUGCCCCCGGCCAGUGGGCCGAGCUGCUGCCGAUCGUCGAGUUCGUGUUGUGGAACUCGCCCGGCAAGUCGGCGCUGUCGCCGAGGGACCUCUGCAUGGGUUGGUCGUUGGCUUCGCCACUGGAAAUUGAGCUGCUGCCGCUGGAGCCCGCCGUUCGUGAGGCAGUCUCCGACGUCGCGGCAGCGCAGUUCGAGCAGUUCAGGCGUUUGCGGGAGGUUUAUCUUCAGCAUCGGGCUCGAGCCGGCCGACGCAGGGCGGAGCUGGCUAAUCGCGCGAGAUCGUCGAGGCGCCCGGAGGUCGGGGACAUGGUUUUGUUCAAGGACCCGAAGCUCUCCAAGGCCGUGGCCGGGCACGCUCCAGGCCGCCGGCCUCUGCGUGGCCCCUUCGAGGUCCUCUCCGCGAAGGGCAACGUGGCCACGUUGCGGGACCCAGAGACCCAGCAGGUGCUCAAGGACAUCCACGGGGAUUUCUUGGUCGGCGUCCCGGGCUUGGUUGACGACACGGAGCGCAUCGUGAAGUUGGAGGAGGACGACGGCCGUGGCAGGGCCUCUGCCGGACAGCUUCUGGCAGCGCGGCUGGCCCCUGGAGGCGGCGAGGCCGCCGAGGCGCUGGCGCCGCGCGUGAAGGCGCGGAUGCGAGAGGUGAAGGUCGGGCGGCUCGUCGCCUACCAGGGCGAGGAGGCGAAGCGCUGCCGGGUGGGCAAGGUGCUGAGCCUGGCCGAGGACCUGAGCAGCGUGACGGUGCACGUGUACCAGGCGGCGGUCGACGGACGGCUGCAGGUGGUCUGGACAGCGGCGUACGACCGCCAGGAGGGCGCGGACUUCCAGCGGCAGAGAAUCGAGACACUGGAGGCGAAGCGGGUGCUGGGGGUCGUGGAGCUCAACAAGGGCGUGCUGAACCACUCGGCGGCGAGCAGGCUGGCGCGGGCCGGCUGGCGGCUGGACGAGGGGACCGUGCGGCACGGUGCCUUGGCGGCGGCGGCAGAGGCGCCGGCCGCGCCACGGCUCUCCGACCUCCCCUCGAGCCGCGUCAUCGCGCUCGUCGCAGCUUGCCGUCCGCUCGAGGAGCUCGACCUGAAGAUCGGCGAGGUCCAGGCGUGGGCGCACGGCGCUCCCCUCUUCGUGGAGAUCUUCGAUGGGGUCGGGAGGCUCUCGCAGGCGGUCCAGAGCUUAGGCGCGGCCAACGCGGUGUGCAGCGUGGUGGCCGGCAUCGACCUCAAGCGCAGGACGUGCGGGCAGUACUGGGACCUCAGCAGGGCUAAGGACCGUGCCCGGCUUCGCUACCUGCUCUUCGAGGUGCUGAGGCCGGCAGGAGCCCACUGGGCGCUCCCCUGUGCUAAGUGGAGCAGCCUCGGGGGCCACCAGCCCGACGCCAACGCGCACGCGCUAGCCUCCUUCACCAUGGACGGCCUCGAGCACCUCGACGGCGCUGGCUGCCUGGCCUCCUUCGAAGGCCCUCGAGCGCACGCGCUGGUGGCAAGCGUGGAGUGGCAGCAGCGGUUCGGGUCAGCCGAAGCGCCGCGCGGGCGCUGGCGAUGCGUGCUCCCCGACGGCUGCAUGUUCCACUGCAGGAGCCCGGACGAGGAGCCCCUGGCCAUGCAGAAGCCGUGCGUCAUCGUGGGCAACUUCCCGCUGGACUUGCUGGACGUCCAGUGCCGCCGUGGAGCGCUGCGGCCGCUAGGGCGCGGCCUCGAAGGCGUCGAGGUCGCCUCCGCGGAGCUGGGCGGCGACGCCGGGAGCUCCAUGAUCGGAGCCGCGCGGGCGCUGGAGGGGCCUCGCAUGCCUUGCGAGCCGGGACGCGCGGCCGCUCCGGCUGCUGGGGUGACGAGGUCGGUGGACAAGCUGAGCGACGCCGAGAUGGCGGAGAAGAAGGCACGGCGGGAGCCGGCGGCGGCGGCGGCGAAGAAGAAGUGGGCCGAGCUGGCCAAGAAGGGUGACUGGGACCAGGUGCGGAUGCCCGGCAAGUGCUUCAGGUUUGCCGAGGUGAAGGUUUCGCCGAGGCGCUCUGCGGAGUACAAGGCCAAGGUCCUGGAGGCGGUCGGGCUCGUCGGCGAGUGCGCGGGCUACAAGCACCUCGGCAGCCAGGAGCUGGAGGCGCUGAAGGAGAUGAUCAGCCUGAAGGCCGAGGCGUUCUGGGUGAAGGGCACCGCGCGGACGCUACGGAUCGGUUUGGAAGAACUACAUCGACGACUUCUGGGUCAGGACGGGGCAGUGGCUGAACGGUCGCGCCUACACCGACCGAGAGUACGAGGAGAUGCUGGCGGCGGCAUCCCCCCCCCGGCUGCCUCUCGCCCGCUGGGCGACUCGCUGGCAGCAGCCGGGUUCGCGGGGACCCGCAAGGCCAGCCAGAGCUACGACCGCGCCAAGGGCGUGCUCGUGGGGCUGUGCGUGGCGCAGUCGGCCACGGGAGCGGCGGCUAUGGAGGGCGGCGGCGUUGCCCUGGCGAACGGCCUCCGCAUGCUGGUGGUGGCUGCCGCGGUGCGCACGGCGUCCUUGGUGGAUGAAGGGCUGCGCGCGGGCGUGCAGCUGACGCAGGACAUCUUCGAGGCGGCCGGCGACCUGGUCCAGAGCGUCUCCUGGAACCUCAGCGGGCUCAUCCACGAGGUGUGCGAGGGGGCGGUCCUGGUGGUGCGCGUCCUGGUCGUCGUGCAGUGCUGCUACGCUCUCUACUGCCUGCGCUCGUGGGUGGCUUGCCGUUCGCAGCGGGCGGCGCUGGAGCGCGCUGCCACCGCCGGCGAGGCGGCUCAGCGCGGACUCACGUCCAGCGCGCGAGCCUGCGAGGCCGGCGACGGGCCCGCCUUCGGCCGCGAGCCGAUGGCCAGGGCGGCAGCCGCUGGGAGGAGCCCGAGCGGGGCCCUCUCAUCAGCAGAUGGCGCCGCCAGCCCUGUGGUGGCGCUGUGGCGCGAGGCGGAGUUCGAGACGCCCCUGCUCGGAGCGGCGGCACGCCCCCGAGCGGAGGUCCUCCAGAUCCAGCGGAGCGCAGCUGUGGCGCUGCGGGACCUGGAGCACUCGGACCGCCAGCGCGCCGCGCGCGCGCGUGACCUGGCCGCCUGCGGUGCGGUGGUGUCCGUGAAGCUGGUGGAGGCUGCGCGCGGCUCAGCAGUGAAGGACGCGGGCGACCUGUGCGAGUUCGAGGUUGAGGUGGCCGGCAGCCGCGGCGUGCGGUAUGAUGUGCGGCUCCGCGCUGGACGUUUGGCCGCAGCGUUGCUCCCCGCAUCGUGCACCUGUGCGGACUUCGUCGGCGGCGUCGGCAGCCCCUGCAAGCACAUCGGGGCGGCCUGGUGCUGCGCGGUGGACGGCAACUUCAGCGAGCUGGUGGAGCUGGCGCUCGCGGCUGGCCGCAAGGAGGGAGCUGCCGCUGGACCUCAGCGACGCGCAGCCCUGGCGCCGAGCGACUCCCUUGGCCUCGCGGGGGCCGUGCGGGAGCUCCGCGACUCGGAGGCCGAGGUCGUGCGCCUGCGCGAGGAGGUCCAGCAGCUGAAGGCGCAGCUGGGGGCGACCUCCAGGCGCGGAGCCGUGACCGAGUUCCUCUCGGCGUCGGAGACGCUGGCGGCUUGGGCGCGGGCUUGCGGUGAGGCCGAGAGCUAUGUGUAUGUGGCGUGCUUCACCUUCGACCAGCCGGGCGUGGUGAACUACCUGGAGGCGGCUCGAGCUCGAGGCCUCACAGUCCGUUUGGUGUUCAGCGGCCGUGACAAGGCCUUGACCAACAACCAGGGGCCGCGCCUGCAGCGGCUCCGAGCCUGUGGGUGCGAGGUUCGCGCUCACAAGGGCUCGCGGCUGCACGCCAAGGUGAUGAUGACAGAGCGCGAGAUUGUGCUGGGCAGCUGCAACUUCACGACUGCUAGCUUGGGCAACGUGGAGCGCGGGGCCAGCCUGCAGGAGCUGUCCGAGGAGACGGUGCUCGAGCAGAAGGAGUGGUUCGAGCAGCUGUUCGAGGCGGCGGCGCCCUUCAAGGACGGGAUCGGCGAGGCGCCGGAGGCCGGCUGGGCGCGAGGCCGAGCGGCCGUGGCGCCGAGGGGCGAGGCGCUGGAGGCCAGCUGGGCGCGAUGCCUAGCGGCCGUGGCGCCGAGGUGCGAGGCGCUGGAGGCCCGCCGGGCGAGAGGCCUAGCGGCCGCGGCGCGGGGCGCUGGAGGCCAUCUGGGCGAGAGGCCCAGCGGCCGUGGCGCCGAGAUGGCAGGAGCGCGGCAUUUUGCUGCGCCGUCGACGCCCGGCAGCGCCGGGAGCUAUGAGCGACUGCAUGGCGCCGAGUUCGGCGACUUCGAGGAAUUCAUCGACUUCAUUUUUGUGGAGCGGCACGUCGCGGAGGACGUGCCGGGGCGCCUGUGCUGCGGAGUGGUGCCCUGCUCGAGGGCGCCGCCGCCCGCCCGGCGCGUGGCCGAGUUCCGGCCGAACUCGGCCACGCGGGGCGCGGAUGGUAGCGCCCCGACGGUGCCGCAGAGUUGCGCAAUUUAG